AUGGCCUCCUACCGCCUCGGGGUCCGCAUCGGGAACUGGCUGGAGGACGAGUACGCGCAUCAGGAUCUCCUGAGGGAUUUCAUCCGUAAGAGAGAGCAAGGACAGCUUUUAGUACAGAGAUUAGCCAGACUUCAAGAGAAUAUUUUCAAGAGGGUAGAGCUGUCAGUAUCUUCUGAUGGAUUUGUUCACUUUGGAGACACCGUGUUACUUAUGAAUCCAGACAACAAAUCCUCGGAUUUGGAAGGGACCUUGGAGGAGAGGGACCCCGAAAUGUGUGGUGAUGUGACUCUGGCUGUUGACAUGGAAGAAGUAUCCCUGUACUCGGAUGAACCCCUGCAGAUCUCACAUGGGCUUAGUGCAGUCAAGAGAGUGGACCCCAUAGGUCGCAAUGCUUUCUGUAUUGUAAGUGUUGAUGGAAGUGCAGUAGGUGAACCACUUCGAUAUGGGCAGAACUUUCUUCUUGGGACAAAAGGAGGGGUUUCUGACAAACUGUUUUAUCUGGCAAGUGACCACAAAACAUUUAAAGAUUUUGCUAAAAAAUCUCACCUUCAGAAAGUAUUUUUGACAGCUGAGGUUUCCUGUUUGGCUCUCUGGCAAGCUAAGUCCUUGGAUCCACAACUGCGUCUUGAACAUGAAGGAUUUCCAGUUCCUGCAGACACUAAAAUUAUUAUUACUCAUUGCUACACCAAUCGCAACUUAGCUGUUCCAAGGACCUUCUGUGUGUGGUCUUAUUUUGGAAGAGAAUUUGAAGUCAUUUGUCACAAUUAUCUGGACUCCCACAGAGUUGAAGAAGAUAAGAAUCACUGGGAGAUAAUUACAGCAAAUCCUGGCCCUGAAGAUGGUACAAUGCUUGACAGACCUCAAGCUUUCCCAGAAGGGUAUAAGAAUGAAUUCGUUUCAUGA